AUGUCCGUCACACCCCAAAUCAAGAGACUGGGGCACUCCGCUAACAGAAGGAGGUGGGCGGUGUCCAAAAUGGAUACGGACAUCUUCAAGGCGGCAUUGGCUGUGGCUACAUGGAGGAUAGACGCGAUAGACCGGAGGACUGUUGCGGGAAAGAUGGAAUGGCUCCGGGGCAUAAUGACGGAUGCAUGUAACGCGUCUAUGCCCCGGGUCACCCCGCUGCAGAGAAGGACUGCGUAUUGGUGGACAUCUAAGAUAGCCCAAUUACGUGAGAUUGCCACUGCGGCGAGGAGAAGACUCUCGCGAGCUCGACGGAGACAUAAUGGGGGUCUACCGGGCAUCGAGUUAAUUUACCAUCAGUACAGGGGGGCCAGGAAGGCCUUAACCACUGAGAUUGCUCGCCAGAUGGAAAGGUCCCAUCGGGAACUUUUAGAGGGGCUUAAUAGGGACCCUUGGGGGCGCCCAUAUAAAAUGGUAAUGAAUAAACUUCGUGCCUGGGCGCCCCCACUGACGGAGUCCAUGGAUCCUGAGACUGUUGAGUUGAUUUUGGACGCUCUCUUUCCGAGAGGGACUGUUUUGCCCCCCCUUGGAAUUGGGAGCGUGGGGGAGUUGGGAGCAUCCCCUAGGGAGGAUGUUCGAGUUACCAGGGAGGAGCUGAGGAUGGCGCUGAGGCGUAUGAGGACACAAAAAGCCCCUGGGCCCGACGGGCCCGGCGUGGAGGGUGGCAUUCCCAGAAAUGGAGGACAUUCUAGGUAG